CGUAUCAUCACAAUCACUGAAAAUGAAGGUUUUCGUCGUACUUGUCCUAGCAAUCACCGUGGUGAAAGGUGUAGUGCCCGAUAAAUCGAGCGAAGAUCAUGGAGGAUCGUAUGAGCAGAAAUAUUCCCAGCAGCAAACGCAUGACGACAAGUAUCCUCAGCAACAACCGUUCGACCAGAAGCAUCUCCAAGAGCCAUUGUAUGACCAGAAGUAUUCGCAGCAGCAUUCGUAUGAGGAAAAUUAUGCUCAGCAGCAGUCGUACGAUCAGAAGCAUCCCCAAGAGCCAUUGUAUGACCAGAAGUAUUCGCAGCAGCAAUCGUAUGAGGAAAAUUAUCACCAACAGCAGUCGUAUGAAGCUUACAACUACGGACAGCAGCAUAGCGACGGAAACUACGUAGACUAUGGAGAGCAUGACGAACAUCAGAUCAAAAAGGUACCUGUUCCUUAUCAUGUUGAAGUGCCAAAACAUGUUCCCGUGGAGGUGAAGGUCCCUUACCCGGUUGAGGUUGAGAAGAAGGUUCCGAUCGUCGUUGAGAAGCAGGUUCCAGUAUACGUGGAGAAGAAGGUCCCUGUUCAGGUGGAUCGGCCAUAUCCCGUGGAAGUGAAGGUCCCAGUCCAUGUCCCGGUGUACCAGAAGGAGUAUGUCGAGGUCCCGAAGCCGUACACCGUGCAUGUAGAUAAGCCUUACCCGGUAUAUGUGAAGCAGCCCAUCUACAUUGAGAAGCCGGUACCAUUCACUGUUCUCAUCAAGAAAGAACAAAAGAAACCAUUCUGGUGGCUUUUUUAGAUAAGU